CAGGCUUUCACAUGGCGUUUGGUUGUAAGGGACUGAUUGUUGAUGUCCUGUCAAAAAUCUGCUGUCUUCUGAGGUUAAACACCGAUGAACGUUCCGGAGAAUGAUUUAAAGCAAAGGUCAUCAUGCAGUUCUUCGGUCGUAUAUAUGAAACGGUAAGCUCAAACGUGUCAAACCUCUUCUCCAACCCUUACCGCGUAAAGGAUGUGCAGCUGUCGGAGUACAAUGGAAAAGUGCUGUUGAAACAGGAGGGACGCUUGGUCCUAUACAAGAACCAGCAGAGCCAGUCAUGGGAUUGUCUGCUACUCUGCCCCGAGUCAUCAUCUGUAGGACUAAGGAUGUUCCAGGUUUCCUCAGAGGAGAGUGCAAUGAAUUGGUUCCCUCAGUAUGUCCUCAAACUCCGCCCAUUUUACGAGAUGCUCCGCCCACCAUUGAAACCUGAGACCUUCCAGCCAAUCGUAGACUGCCUGCGGAAUCACCCUGACUGGAGCUCAGCUCACAUCGCCGUGGAUACGGGACUGAGAGACUGCCUGAAACACAAUUACGUGUUGAGCCAGAUAAACGCCCGUGAUGGUUUGGGUCAGACCCCUCUUCACCUGGCCUGCGAGAGGGGAGAUGUGGGCUGCGUACGUGAGCUGAUGGAGGAAUGCCAGGCUCGCACGGAUGUCAAAGACAAAAAUGGAGAAACGCCCAUGCAUUGCGCCGCUAAACAAGACUCCUCUGUUGUUUUAGAGGUUUUGUGCGCUCAGCUCUGUGCCGGUGUGAACGAGUUGAAUGCUGCUGGGGAAACGCCGCUCCACGUAGCGUGCCGUCUCGGCAGGGUUGGGGCGGUCAAGGGCCUGAUAGGGGGCGGAGCCCGCUGUGACAUCUUGGGGAGUACGGGCUAUCCAAUCCACGCCGCCAUGAAGUAUAGUGAGAAAAGCUGUGCCGAAGCAAUUUUAUCUACAAACCCAAAUCAGCUAUUGGCAGAGGAUCCCAGCUAUGGUGGAACUCCUCUCCACUGGGCCAAGACUGCUGAGAUGAGUCGCCUUCUGUUGGAAAGAGGGUGUAACGUUAACUAUCUGAGCAAGACUGGAGAGAGUCCGUUACAUAUCCUGACCAAAAGGGGGCGCUUUGAGGCCGCAAUGACACUGCUGACCCAUGGAGCCGACCCCAACAUCAAAGGCCAGGAUAGAAACACAGCUCUUCAUCUUGCAAUGAAGUUGGAUAACAUGGACCUGAUCAAAGCUCUCAUUGUGUUUGGAGCAGAUGUUGAGGUUCACAAUGAUCUGGGUGAGACACCAGGACUCAUCGCUGCCCGUACCAGCAAGGGGCCCAACCGUAAGGUGCUAUUGAACAUGCUGUGUAGUGUAGGGGUGGAACGGUGUCACCCCCCCACUCUCGACACCCCUCCCCCCAGAGCCAGCAGAGCCCCGCCUCCUGCUAUAGGCUUUGAUGACAUCGUGCAUGUGGCGGCAGCCGUUGCCGCCAUGAGUCAAGGGUUUACUGAUGUGGAUGGGGUCAAAACAGGAAGCAAAAAAAUGGACAGAUUGUUGUGCCUUGACGGUGGAGGAAUAAAGGGUCUGGUUCUGAUCCAGAUGUUGAUCGCUCUAGAGAAAGCGGCGGGUCGGCCUAUCAUUGAACUCUUUGACUGGGUUAGCGGCACCAGCACGGGGGGCAUACUGGCCUUAGCUAUCGUACACGGAAAAUCGAUGGAGUAUCUGCGCUGUUUAUACUUCAGAAUGAAAGAGGAGGUGUUUAAAGGCUCUCGGCCGUAUGAGUCCGGUCCUCUUGAAGAUUUUCUCAAGAAUGAGUUUGGGGAAAAUACCAAGAUGACAGAUGUCACGCACCCCAAGGUAAUGGUAACUAGCGUCCUUGCAGACAGACAUCCAGGAGAAUUGCAUCUGUUUCGGAAUUACAACCCGCCGGCUCUGCAGAGAAUCCCUCCUUACACCUCUACGGCCACAUUUAAACCCCUUACCGUACCGCAAGAGCAAUUAGUAUGGCGUGCCGCCCGCUCCAGUGGCGCAGCUCCUACGUAUUUUCGGCCAAUGGGACGGUUUCUGGAUGGAGGGCUGCUCGCUAAUAACCCGACACUAGAUGCCAUGACAGAAAUACAUCAGUACAACAAAGCCCUGAAGGCACAGGCACGCGACUCGGAUGUAUCCAGGUUAGGUGUGGUGCUCUCACUGGGUACCGGUAAACCACCACAGGUGGCAGUGAACUCAGUGGACGUUUUUAGGCCUUCAAACCCCCUGGAGCUCGCCAAGACCUUCAUUGGUGCCAAAGAACUGGGCAAGAUGCUCGUGGACUGUUGCACAGACUCCGAUGGUUGUGCGGUGGACCGAGCCAGUGCGUGGUGUGAGAUGGCCGAUAUAAACUAUCACAGGUUUAGUCCUCAGCUGUCUCAAGAGGUGAUGUUGGAUGAGGUCAGUGAUGCUGUGUUAGUUGACAUGCUGUGGGAGACUCAGAUGUACCUGUAUGAACACAGAGAAGUCAUACAAACGCUCUGCCAGCAGCUGCUACAGCACUGACACACCACAAACACUAACAGAUUAUUUCAAAUUUAAUGUGCAACAAUAAUGGAUUUGUUUACAUUAGUGUAUAUAUGUCAUAAAUCAGGGCUUAUGGCAGAUGCAACUUAUUUAUAAAUAUAUAUAUAUAUAUAUUUGUGUGAUGUGAGUCAGAGUGAGAUCAGUUUUAAUACAUUAAUAAACCACUACAGUCUUAAUAUUUAAAGAAGUGAGUAGCAGUGUGUUCGGUGUCAAUAGUAUUUGAGGACGCACAUAAUAGAAAGUAACCUUUGAGGACUCAAUAUGUGACAGUUAUACUUUUCAAGAAAUGUCUUUUACUUAUGGGGCGAGCUAUCGUAUAUAGUGAAACACAGGAAACCUUCUCCAUCUUACGGUGAACAGAAUAAGGCCAGCCAGUUCUCACGAACGUGAGCAAAAUUAAAUUGCCGUAACGCAGGUAAAAUACAGCAUUUAUUUCUCAUCCUUACAUUCUGUGUACCCAAAUGUACUUUGUGUCAUUUGUGAAUGAAGAAAAAGCCUUGGGUUUUUGAGUUUCAAUAUAUCAUGUAUAGCACUGAAUACUUGAAUUUUUAUUUGAGGAAGUGACAGAUGAUACUAAGCUUUUAAACAAUGAGAUAAAUAAAUUAUGAACCGAAUACUUCUUGAAUUACUCCAUAGCCUUGUUUUUUUAAAUAACAUAUUUACUUUUUAUUUAUCUCUCUAGGAAGUUUUUGUUAUUAUGUUCUGAUAACUUAUACUUGUCAUAUUGGAGGUGUUAUUCUGUUGUUUCGAGACCAAACUUUAUUCUCAUGACCUGCUGCCGUGGCACUGAUUUGAAACCUUUUAAUGGAAUGAAGUGAUUGUACUAUUCAAAAUAAAAAAGACAAAUAUGUUAAUAAUAA